AUGAACAAUACCAAUAAUCAUAUCCCGGCGCGCGAAGCUAUGUUUAAUGAACACAUGAAAAGCUUCAUUGAGAAAGAAUGGAUUCGUGCUGGAAGACCGCACAACAUUAUCUGUUCCCAGUGCCUUAAGCCGGGAAACUUACUAUGGUGCUCGACUUGCUCUCGUUCUUAUCAUUUUGUGUGUUUGGUGUCACCACCUUCGGUUGAUGUCGCAGCAUCGUGGUUAUGCCCUUCCUGUCAGGAACGCCAGGCAGCUCUGAAUUUUGAAUAUAAGUCGUUGCCAAGCGGAAACGGAGACCCUACUUCUGGCAGUAAUAUAUCAGGCUCUUCUUUCUCUGGCCCUGCAUACGCCAUGGCAAAGAAAUUUCUUGCCAAUCACGGACUUGCCAACAACCAAGCCAUCACCUCAGAUUUUCUAGACGACCUGCAACAAUUAAUCGUGAAGGCCGAACUUGCAUCCCAAAAAGAAUCAGAACUGUUGAAGUUGCGUCACGAGAACUCUCAGCUCAUGGAAGAGCUUAUCAGCAAUCGAGCCCGCUCAGGAUCCCAAUUGUCUCCUCAGUCUCAGCUCAGUCCAGCAUACAAUUCACAACAUGGGACUUCUGCAACCCCGUCUUACCCUCCCAGCAGGAAUGAGAUCUCGAAGUUGGAUGUGACAGACAAGUCUUGGGACCGUAUAAUAAGCGAGGCUUUUUAA